AUGUUUGAUACUUCAGUUAUUUUCUUUUUUCCCUUUUUGAUUGUCUUUCUUUCUAGAUCAGUGUUUUUACGUGAAACAAACCCCUUGUCUCUCUCUCUCAUGAUGAUGAUGAUACGCCGUGUGAUGUGUGUGUUGGCCGUUGUGCUGUGCUGUGCCUGCGGGUAUACCAUGGCGGCUGCUGCUGCUGUUGAUAAUGACAGUCCCAGUGGCCGUGGUGUAUCCCGUGGGGCUGUGGAGGUGUCGUGCGGGACCGGCGGUGCGCUGCGUGUACGCCCCGCU